GCUUGGUUUCCUGGGGACGGGGGGCGGCCCUCGAGGGCUUCGUGGCUGCAGCGCCGCGGAGCAAGGAGCGGUUGGUGAAGGAGGCGAGGACAGGUGUCCCAGCCAAGUGUCCCGGGCGCCAGCGCGGGGAGAUGAGUGAGAUCGUGGUGGCCUGGGGGAAAUCUCUUCAUCCCCACUGGGGAUGCUUUCCAUCUGGAAGAGUAAUGACCUGAGGCUAUAAAAUCUGAUAGCGCUGAUUAACCUCUUCCCUCCAGGAUCUCUUGGCCAGAUAUUUGGAUUUGAACUGCAUUUUAGAAUUCAUCUUUACUUACAAUGCCACCAUCAAACGGAGGUCCAGUUGGAUACACGCCCCCAGAUGGAGGCUGGGGGUGGGCAGUGGUUGUUGGAGCUUUCAUUUCCAUUGGCUUCUCUUGUGCUUUUGGCAAAUCUAUUACUGUAUUUUACAAAGAAAUUGAAGAAAUAUUUAAAGCCAGCACCAGUGAAGUGUCAUGGUUAUCUUCCAUCACGUUUGCUGUCAUGUAUGGUGGAGGUCCUAUCAGCAGUAUCCUGGUGAAUAAAUAUGGCAGUCGUCCAGUUAUGAUUGUUGGCGGCUGCUUGUCAGGCUGUGGCUUGAUCACAGCUUCCUUCUGUACCACUGUGCAGGAACUUUACUUGUGUGUCGGAGUCAUUGCAGGUCUUGGGCUUGCCUUCAACUUGAAUCCAUCUCUGACCAUGAUUGGCAAGUAUUUCUACAAGAGGCGACCAUUAGCAAAUGGACUGGCCAUGGCAGGCAGCCCUGUGUUCCUCUCCGCCCUGGCCCCCCUCAACCAGGCUCUUUUUGCUGUCUUUGGCUGGAGAGGAAGCUUCCUAAUUCUUGGAGGCAUCCUGCUAAACUGCUGUGUGGCUGGAGCCCUGAUGAGACCAAUAGGGCCCAAGCCAACAACUGCAGGGAAAGAGAAGUCUAAAGAAUCCCUUCAGGAAGCUGGAAAAUGUGAUGCAAACAAGGGGGCAGGUGAUGCAAAUACAGAAGUUAAUGGCAGAAACGCCCCAAAGGAGAAACAAUCCGUUUUCCAAAUAGUUAACAAACUUCUGGACUUAUCCCUAUUCAAACACAGAGGCUUUAUGCUGUACCUCUCUGGGAAUGUGAUAAUGUCUUUUGCGCUGGCUACACCUUUAGUCUUUCUUAGUAAUUAUGCCAAGAGUCAACAUCACUCUAGUGAGAAGUCUGCCUUCCUUCUUUCCAUUCUGGCUUUUGUUGACAUGGUAGCCAGACCUUCUAUGGGACUUGUAGCCAACACAGAGUGGAUAAGGCCUCGAGUUCAGUAUUUUUUUGCUGCUUCUAUUAUUGCAAAUGGAGUGUGUCAUAUGCUAGUACCCUUGUCCUCUAGCUACAUAGGGUUCUGUCUUUAUGCGGGAUUCCUUGGAUUUGCUUUUGGGUGGUUUGGCGCCGUAUUGUUUGAAACGCUGAUGGACCUGGUUGGAUCCCAGAGGUUCUCCAGUGCUGUGGGAUUGGUGACCAUUGUGGAAUGCUGUCCUAUUCUCCUGGGGCCACCAAUUUUAGGUCGUCUCAGUGACAUAUACGGAGACUACAAAUAUACAUACUGGGCAUGCGGCAUAAUCCUUAUUGUCUCAGGCAUCUAUCUCUGCAUUGGCAUGGGCAUCCAUUAUCAACUUGAGGCAAAAGAACAGAAGGCAGAGGCGAAGCAGAAUAAGGAAAGUAAAGAGAUGGAACCAAAAGAAGUUAUUAAAGCUGCAGAAUCUCCAGAACUGAAAGGCCCAGAAGCAGGACCCAAAGAGGAGACACUUUCAGGCUGACGUCAGAGAUAAACAGAAGCUUUGGAGCAAAGAUACUUGAAAAAUUCUACUGAAUCAUGUUCUACUCUUGGUGCUAACAGUGGAUAGUGGACAUUUGUGUGGAAGUCAUACCAGGUGUUCAUUGAUAGAACUUUUAUUUCCUUCCUUUACAACAGUCAUAAUAAAUAUGUCACGUCCUUAAGGGGCAGGGGAUUUGCAAAAGGUGACAGAAGGAAAAAGCUUUUAUUUGAAGUCAUAUUUAUUAAGGUAUACCUUAAAUACUUACAAAUCUCUUUUAUAAGAGUAAAGUUUAAUGAAUUUUGACACAAGUAUUUUGUCAAAUAACUACCACACUAAUAUAGAAUAUUUCAAACAGCCAAAAUAAUUCCCUUCUGCUCCUUUGCAGUUAAUCCCCUCCCCUUAACUAUAGCCCCUGGCAGCCACUGCUCUGAUUUCUGUCCCCUAUAGUUUUGUCUUUUCCAGAAUGGAAUAAAUGGAACCACAUAGUAUGUAACUAUGGCACAAUAGUGUAUAUAUAUGGUCUUUAUCCUCAGUUCCUGGUAUACAGCUCCUAGAAGCCUUGGAAUCUCUGGAGUGAUAAGAGUCUCUUUUGCAUGCUAAUUAGGUGACUGGUGGCUGGAGACCCCUUUCUUAACUUCAGGAUAGGGGCUAGUCUCCAAAAAGGCCAAAGCAUGAUUGGAGGGUUGGAACUUUCAGCCCCAUCCUCUGACCUCUGAGAAGGGGAGAAGGGCUGGAAGUUGGGUUCAAUUAUUAAUGUCCAAUGAUAUAAUCAAUCAUGCCUAUGUAAUAAAAACCCCUAAACUACAGAGAGCUUCCUGGCUGGUGAAUACUUUGAGGUACUGGGAGAGUAGUGUGCCCAGAGAGGGCAUGGAAGCUCCCUACCUCCCCUCCCCACCAUAUUUUACCCUAUGCGUCUCUUCCAUCUGGCUGUUCUGAAUUGUAUCCUUUAUAAUAAAU